AGUUGUGGAGACACACAUUUCUGCUCGCCGAGGCUCCCUGUUCACACCAGCUAUGUCUCUGUGAGAAGAGUUAGUCAUGCCAGCGAAGGGGAAGUACCUGUUAAACAACCAGGAGCUCAAGAAUGAGGCGCUGUAUCGCAAAUUCUCCUGCAUCAACCAGUAUCAGCCACUGGUUCUCCUGCUGGGCCUCUCCAUGCUCUCCUGUGGAAUUCUCCUCAUCCUCUUCUUUGCCCUGGGACUGAGGGCUGAGGAUCAUUAUACCUUCGUAAGCGUGGUGAGCGGCAGCCUGUGUGUGUUCCUGGCUGUGUUUGUGCUGGUGUGUACGGAGAUACUCGCACAACGAUGGAGGCUUUUGCUUGGCCUGAUCAUCUGGGUCACGCAUCUCACCUUGGGCUACACCUUCAUAUUCAGCAGUCAUAUCAUCGUGGCCUGGGACCAGGUGCCUUUCUUCCUUUUUAUCAUCUUCACAGUCUACACCAUGCUGCCAUUCCAGCUGUGGCACGCUGUGGGGCUGAGUGUCAUCUCCUCCCUGUCCCACAUUCUGGCCCUCACACUGCGACUAACAGUUUACAGGAAUAAGUCAGACCCUGACCGUGACUUAGCCUAUCAGCUGCUGUCCAACGCAGUGCUGUUUCUAUGUGGCUGCGCCGUGGGAGCCUUUCAUAAGGUCCUCAUGGAGAAAACACUGAAGCAGACCUUCCAAGAUACUCUGAGGUGUUUGAGCAUGAGGAUGAAGCUUGAGAUAGAAAAGAGACAGCAGGAAAACCUACUGCAGUCUGUUCUCCCUGUUUAUAUCUCCAUGAAGAUGAAACUGGCAAUAAUGGAGCGCUUGCAGGACUGUAAAGAUAAAGAAGAGCGACAGCGACUGGUCAAAGACAACAACUUCCACAGCCUUUAUGUAAAGAGACACGAGAACGUCAGUAUUCUGUAUGCAGACAUUGUUGGCUUCACUCGUUUGGCCAGUGACUGUUCGCCCAAGGAGCUUGUAAUCAUGCUGAAUGAACUGUUUGGCAAAUUUGACCAAAUUGCUAAGGAGAAUGAAUGCAUGAGAAUCAAGAUCCUGGGGGACUGCUACUACUGUGUGUCUGGGCUGCCAGUCUCGCUGCCUAAACAUGCCAAGAACUGUGUUAAAAUGGGCCUGGACAUGUGCGAAGCCAUCAAGCAGGUGCGGGAAGCCACAGGGGUAGAUAUCAACAUGAGAGUAGGCGUUCACUCAGGCAACGUGCUCUGCGGUGUGAUCGGCCUUCGGAAGUGGCAGUUUGAUGUAUGGUCGCAUGAUGUCACUCUGGCCAAUCAUAUGGAGUCAGGAGGAGUUCCAGGCCGUGUCCACAUCACAGAGGCAACCCUGAAGCACCUGAAUAAGGCUUAUGAAGUAGAAGAGGGCGACGGACACCUCAGAGACCCUUACCUCAAUGAACUAAACGUCCGCACGUAUCUAGUGAUUGAUCCAAGGUCCAAGGAUCCAUCCCUGAACACCCGAAACACAGCUAAACCUCGAGUGAAUGACGGUCUGAAGAUGAGGGCAUCUGUGCGUAUGACCCGCUACCUUGAAUCCUGGGGUGCCGUGAAACCUUUUGCCCACCUUCAGAGCCGAGAGGGCUUUUCAACAGACAACAUCGUUAAUGGAAAGACACGCUUCAAGGACAUUCCUUUACGACCGACUCAAAGCACGAAGAUCACUGAUAGCUUUGAUGAGUCACUUGAAGAGCCAUACCCCUUGUCCUCACCUCCACUCAGCAGCAAUAAGAUAAAAUCCCAGAAGAGCAAGUUUGAUGAGGAGCUGCACAACGAGAUGACCACUACCAUAGAUGAGCUCAGCAGCAAGCAGUGGUCCACAUCUGAAGAAAGUGGCAGUUUAGCUUUGUGCUUUCCCAAAAAGGAUCUGGAAAAGCAGUACCGAUCUCUGGACUUGCCCAUGUUCAAACACUAUGUGGGCUGUGCAACCUUCAUCUUCUUCUGCAUCUUUGUGGUUCAGCUGUUUGUCACAAAGGAUCGACAGAUGUUGGGGACGACGUUUGGGGUGUUGGUGUGUGUGCUGCUGCUGACCCUGGUCAUCUGUUUUGCAGGUCACCUGCCGCGCGUGUUUCCAGAUAAGCUGUCAAGGUGUCAGUGGCUGCCAGCUGUAUCGGAGGCGGUGGUGAAACGGCCAUGUGUGCGCCUCCCGCUGGCAACCGUCACUACUGCCGUCAUCAUCGUCUUGGCACUGUUCAGCCUGUGCUUCCAGACACACAGCGAUGGGGAUAAGGAUGACCCCUUCUAUCUGCCUUACUCUGUAUACUGCUGCAUCCUGUCCCUCAUCGCAUGCGGAGCGUUCCUCCGUAUGAGCUUCGAGCUCAAAGUGCUCUUCCUCGCCGUGGCGUCCACCGCGUACUACAUCAUCAUCCUCAACGCCAAGAAGAGUUUGUUUGUGGGCUACGGAGAAAACCUUUGUUUUCAGAUCAACUCCAGCUGUAACUGCAGCGGAAUAAUAAGCUGCAUCGGGCUGUUAAAGCACCCUCAGAUUAUGAGCUGCCUUUACAUCGCCCUGUUCCUGGUCACGAUGCUCAUCAUAUCUCAACAGAACGAGAACUGUUUUCGACAGGACUUCCUGCUGAAGUACAAGAACCGCACAGAACAGGAUGAGAUCGAGACGAGGGAGAACCUAAACCGUCUGCUGUUGGAAAACGUGCUGCCUGCUCACGUGGCCACGCUGUUUGUUGGGGAGAACAAGAAGAACGAGGACCUUUACUACAAGUCCUAUGACUGUGUGUGUGUGAUGUUUGCCUCAGUGCCGGAUUUCAAAGAGUUUUACACGGAGUGUGAUAUUAACAAGGAAGGCCUGGAAUGCCUGAGGCUGCUCAACGAGAUCACCGCCGACUUUGACGAGCUGCUGUCCAAGCCCAAGUUCAGUGGUGUGGAGAAGAUCAAGACAAUUGGCAGCACUUACAUGGCAGCUGCGGGGCUUAGUGGGACGCCUGGUCAGGAGAACAAUCAGGACCGAGACCGGCAGCAGGCUCAGAUAGGAAUCAUGGUGGAGUUUGCCAUUGCUAUGAUGGGCAAGUUGGACGGCAUCAACCGACACUCCUUCAACAGCUUCAGGCUGCGAGUGGGAAUUAAUUAUGGCCCAGUGAUAGCCGGGGUGAUUGGAGCGAGAAAACCCCAGUAUGACAUCUGGGGCAACACGGUGAAUGUAGCCAGCAGGAUGGAGAGCACAGGAGAGCUGGGAAAGAUCCAGGUAACGGAGGAAACGUCUGCAGUGCUGAACAGGCUGGGUUACUCCUGUGAGUGUCGAGGACUCAUCAACGUCAAGGGGAAAGGCGAGCUAAAGACCUUCUUUGUGUGCACUGACACGAGCAAGCAGCAAGCCAUGAGCCUGAGCUGA